GGCAGCCGCGGGGCGGCUGGACAGCUCUCCCGCCGCCCGGCCUGGGCCGCCGCCCGGGGGGGCGCCGCCGGUGGCGGGGAGCGGGCCGGCUCCCCUCAGUGGGCGGCCCCUCGUCCCUCCGGCGGCCCCGCCUCGGCCGCGACCGACGUCAGUGGCCGUCGGGGCCGAGCCCCUCGCCCGCCCCCGCCCGCGCGCCCCGCCGUCCCGCCCGCUCCCGCUUCCCGCGCCCGGCGUUGGACAGCGGCAGCCACCGCCUCGGCCCGGCCCGCCGCCCCGCCGCCGCCCUCCUCGGGAGCCGCGCAGCGCGAAGAUGGCGGCGUACAAAUUCCUCCUGCCGCCGCUCAGCCUCCGGAUCCUCCGUCCCGCCGCGCGGGCGCGGGGCGCCGGGGCUCAGAUUUCUGGAUGCUAUUUUUCUACCAGCUCUCAUCACAACAGCAAAUUUUACACUGAUCCUGUUGAAGCUGUAAAAGAUAUACCCAAUGGGGCAACUAUACUUGUUGGCGGUUUUGGAUUGUGUGGGAUUCCUGAAAACCUCAUCGGGGGUUUACUGAAGACUGGAGUGAAGGAAAUAACGGCAGUCAGUAAUAAUGCAGGUGUUGACAAUUUUGGACUUGGUCUCCUGCUUCAGACUAAGCAGAUAAAACGCAUGGUGUCAUCGUAUGUUGGAGAGAAUGCUGAAUUUGAACGCCAGUAUUUAUCUGGUGAGCUUGAAGUUGAGCUUACACCUCAGGGUACACUUGCUGAACGUAUUAGAGCCGGAGGAGCAGGAAUCCCAGCAUUUUACACCAGUACUGGCUAUGGGACACUGGUGCAGGAAGGGGGAGCGCCUAUCAAAUACAACACUGAUGGCACCAUUGCCAUUGCCAGCCAGCCAAGAGAGGUGCGAGAGUUUGAUGGUCGUCACUUUAUUCUGGAGAAGUCAAUUACAGGAGAUUUUGCUCUUGUGAAGGCCUGGAAGGCUGAUCGUGCAGGAAACAUAAUUUUCAGGAAAACUGCAAGAAACUUCAACCAACCUAUGUGCAAAGCUGCCAGGACAACUGUGGUAGAGGUAGAAGAAAUUGUUGAUAUAGGAGCAUUUGCUCCAGAAGACAUUCAUGUUCCCAAAAUCUAUGUUGAUCGUCUGAUACAAGGAGAGAAGUUUGAGAAGAGAAUUGAACGCUUAUCAAUUAGAAAGCCUGAAGACUCAAAAGCCAAACAAAAACAAGGAGACAACGUGAGGGAGAGGAUCAUCAGACGGGCUGCUUUAGAGUUUGAGGAUGGCAUGUAUGCUAAUCUGGGUAUUGGAAUUCCACUGCUGGCCAGUAACUUCAUCAGUCCAGACAUAACUGUUCACUUACAGAGUGAAAAUGGAGUCCUGGGUUUGGGUCCUUAUCCACUUGAAAAUGAAGUAGAUCCAGACCUGAUUAAUGCAGGUAAGGAGACAGUCACUGUUCUUCCAGGUUCUUCCUAUUUCUCUAGUGAUGAAUCAUUUGCAAUGAUAAGAGGAGGUCAUGUUGAUUUGACAAUGCUUGGAGCUAUGCAGGUGUCCAAGUACGGUGACCUGGCCAACUGGAUGAUUCCCGGUAAGAUGGUGAAAGGAAUGGGGGGUGCCAUGGACCUGGUAUCCAGUGCACAGACCAAAGUGGUUGUUACCAUGGAGCACUCAGCUAAGGGCAAUGUCCAUAAAAUCUUGGAAAAGUGCAAUUUACCACUUACUGGGAAACAAUGUGUAAACCGCAUCAUUACAGAGAAGGCUGUGUUUGAUGUGGACAAGAAGAAGGGUUUGACCCUUGUGGAAAUCUGGGAAGGACUAACAGUGGAUGAUAUCAAGAAAAGCACUGGCUGUGACUUCACAGUUUCGCCAAAACUAAUACCAAUGAGGCAGAUUUAAACGUGAAAUACAGACUGGGCUUAAUUUGCUAGAAGGCUUGUUUCCAAAUGGGAGCUCAGUGAAGAGAAAUCAAUGUCUGGUUUGCAAUUUUACUACUUUUUUCUUUUUUUUUUUUUUUUUUUUGUAAGGGCUCUUUAAGUAGUUUCCAGAUAGUUACAGCCUGAGUUUAAGUAUCAGCCUAAGUUGUAUUUUAACUUCAUUACAUUACCAAUUGAAAUUGAAAAGGUGAAUUUAUUCCCUAAAUUUUGAAUAAUGUUAUACUAAAAUGUUAAUGAAUAUUGUAAAAAAAAUGCCUUGUAUUGUCUCUGCCAAAUACUACAUUUUUCACAGAGAAUCAGAAAAUGAUCAUGCAAAACUUAUGAUUUCCUCUGCUUUUUGUGAUGUCGUUAAACUUACCAGUCACUCCAUUGCUCUGGAACUAUAGCACUUAUCAUGUCCAUUCUUCUGUAAAGGUGUGGAGGUUGUUUUUUUCUGGAGUUGUAGAGAGACAUCAGGAAUAUGGACUUACUUGCCUUUUCCUGAACUUUUUAAUGAGUCUGUGACAGAACUGUAUAUACCAGUGGAAAUAACUGGGUCCUUAGCCCUGAAUGUAUCUAUCUACUAUUUCCAUGGUGUGUGUCAGCUGGCAUUAAGAAGCCUACACCUCCCAAUGUCCAACUCUGACCCCUUAUAUUUAAAUCCUACAAACUAGAAUGGGACUAGUAUGAAGGAGGGAAAUCGAAAAGUCUCCAUCCCCAUGCAGACAGCUGGUGGCUACACGUUGUCCCAUGUGAACCACUCUUAUUCUCCAGGUAGAAUCCUUCUCCCCAGCCCUCAUUCAAAGGCAAAUUAAGAUUGUUCCUGGAGUCAGGUCUGUCCUUCCAGUGUUACACAGGAAAACAGGGGAAGAGAAUGUUGUGGGCACUUUGAAGUUUCUUCUGAAUGGAACGCAGCUCAUUAAAGCUGGAAGCAGUAAGUUUGCAUGACUUGCCAAUCAAGGCAUUGGCAAAAACUAAGCCAAACUCAUGAUAACUAGAAUGAAUGCCAUGAGACAAUCAAAAUGAAAAUUUAUUCUUUCAUACUGGUUCUGCUGUUUGAGAAAGAUCUUCCUUUCCCUGUUAUUAAUUACAAAAUGACUGUUACUUUUGCAAGGGGGUAAUAUGACAGCAUUGGAUCUCACAUACCAAAUCAGCACAGUAGGUCUUUAUUAUACAGAGCAUGAACUGACUGGAAAUCUGCAUUUAAAGUGUAAUGGUUUCUGUCAUUCAUAUAAAUAGUAACAUGUAAAACACUUCAGUUAAAAUAGUUCCUGACAUAAUGUUUGAUAUCAGGACAGGAGCAGAUUAAGUGACUGAAAAACAUGUAAACUGUAUACGCACAAAUAAAUUUAUAAUUAUAUGCCUAUCAUGUGUGUGAUAAGCAGUGUUGGGAUAUGGUGUAGAAGGGCAUUCUAGUACUAGGUGGAUGAGGUAUUCACUGUCAUUGUCAGUGUGUGUUGUGGAAGCACUGUAACACAUUUCUAGGGAAACAGAUAGGAAAAUCCCACAAUAUUUAGCUCCUGUACUAGCCUUUGUACUGCAUUUUUCCAUGCUAAAGUAAGAAAUGCUUCUCUUUCAUGGGACAGUUAUAAAAUCGGUCUUGAUCCACCCAUGGACUUGAUAGCAGUAAAGCUGUUUUUAUUAGAGAGAUUAUUUUGUUUAGUUGCCCUUACUCUAAACAAUUCUUUGAUAAUCUCUUUUCAAUACCAAGUAGGUUAUCCUUAUUCCCACAAAGGAAUAAACAAAAUGCCUUUGUAAGCACCUUUAUGCAGGUACAAAAGUACUGCCACAAUACUAAGUUUUAUGACUUGAAGUUAUGGGUGCUAAUGGGUGGUAAGGUGUUGUAUAGCCUGAAUGUGUAGGCAAGACCUGAAGCUGAGCCCAUGGGAAGAAAGUGUGUUGUACAAAGACCAGUGCUAAUUUCCUGAUUAAACAUAUAGACGUGAGUGGCUGGUAGGUAAUUUGCAUGCAAGGCUUGAAACAACAUUGCUCAGAGUGGUCCAGAAUAUUAGCACAGGUUUAGCACAAGUUAGAUUUUAUCAAGCUUUAGUUUUAACCUAUUGUCUCUGUUUAGGUGUAUUCCCUAUGUUAUUCACUCAUUCCAAACAAGUUACUUAAAGUUUGGCUAUUUCUACUGCUGUAGAGGUGGACUGAAGUUCUGCUCACAGAGGUUUUGCAGAUUAAAAGUCUCUGUAUAGCAAAAACUGACUCUAUUUUCACUCAGUAUGAAACUUUUUGUUUUGGAGCAUGUUUGAGAGCAUGGAUGUGAUCCCUGAAGGUAUCUUGCUCAUCACUACUCAGAGCUCCUGUAAACAGUACUCAAAAUGGAUGCUGGUUCUAAAGAAGUAUAAGUACUAUUAUUUAGUAGAGAAAGGGAGUUGCUAUUAAUUUAUCCAGAGAAAAAGAUAAUCUUUAAAUAGCUGUGGAAGUCUUAAAGAAAUCUAUAAAUGAAAUGUUGACCUGUUGCAAUUACCUAUAGUACAUUAAUUGUAGGACUGAUUAGUUAAUUACAGCAAACAUUUAUUGGCAUAUAUAAAGUACUGGAGGAGUGUCUGAGGGUGCAUGCGAUCAGGUGUGUGCUGCUUCUGCCAUAGAACUAUGCUUUGCUGGCAUACGCACAGAAACCAUCAUUGUUAUUAAUGUAUGGCUAUGAAAAGACUAAGGACCUGAUGUCUAGGAGUUCCGCGCCUUGGUUUCUGAAGCAAAGAAUUAGGAGCCACGAACUCCUGAGUUUCAGCUUUUCCAUUUCUCCACUUCCUGCCUUGAAAAAAUUCAUCUGUGCUUUCUGCCUUGUCUCCUGUUGCUGGAAAAUGAGGAUAUUUUCUUUCAUACCUCAUGGGGAUGUUGUGAGGAAUAAUUAGCUAAGGUCCAUGCAACAGGUUGUCUUUUAUCUUCAGCUUGGAGAUCAGACUUGAUCAAGAGUGUGGAAGAGUACUUGAAGACUGCCAUAUAUGCUGGAUAUUUGAGUUCUGUGUCUUCUCUUAUUUGUAUCAGUGUUAAUGCAAGAGAGCAAAAGCCAAUAUGGUGCUGAAAACUGGGGAUGAAAACUGGGGAUGAAAGGAGAACAAGCUCUCUCCAUAAAAAAACAGUGGUGCAAAUAUCUGUAUGUCACACUUGAAUUUUUCUAUCUUGAGAACAAUAUAUUGCAGUAGAAUACUGGUAUUGUUAUGAAAACAUCAUGUAUCCGCACAAGCUAAUUGCUAAAAGCAGUGGCUCCAUUUUCUAAUUGAUUUGUAAAGUAAGAUUAGAAAUUAAAGCACUCGUAAGUAUUUUCAUAGAUAAAGUUUACUCUAAGCAGUAUUUGCUAGGAUCGUGUUACAGGGGUGAGAGCUUCUCGUUCCUCUGUGGUGGGUGAUGGUAUGCAUGAAGGUUUAUUGAGACGCCGCCUGCUGACAGCACUUCACAAGACAAGGACAGUUGAUACCCUUUGUCCUGAAGAAGGUGAUGAUUCUACUAUAUUACCACAUUGGACUUACUGCACUUCAAUUUUAUUGAUUUUUUUCCCUGAAAAAAAAGCAAAAAAAAAUAUGAAAUAUUAUAGAAUAUGUAGUUGUACUGUAAACUCUGCAAACUAAACAUCAAAGUUCUUCUAUGUAUUGGCAAAAGAAUCAAUAAAGUAAAGAUUAAAAAUCUUGA